AAAAACUCUGACUUGGAAGAAACCGGAAGUCUCGUUGCUCCGCUGUGUUCUCGGUCAGGCGGCGGGAUAGUUGUGUGUUGUCUGUUAGCUGCCGAGCUUGUAAGUGAGUUUAGAGGAGACAGAGCUCCAGGUAAACCCGCACACACUCAGUCCAAUGGGAGACAGCGAUGAUGAAUUUGACAGGAGGAGGCGGGACAAGUUCAGAAGAGAGAGGAGCGACAUGGAGCGGUCGAGAGAGAGAGAGGAGAGGAGGAGGGACGACUGGCCCGACAGGGACUGGGACCGUGGCAGAGAGAGGAGGAGGGAUUAUGACCGUGGUCGUAGAGAGAGGUUUUCUCCGCCCCGACACAUCAGCCCUCAGCACAAACGCAUGAGGAGAGACUGGGACGAGCACCGGGGGGAGCCGUACCGCUAUGACAUGCCGUACGGAGGAGGGGGGGCGCCGUUUCAGGGGGCGGGGCCUCCGGGCUGGCACCCCGACCUCCCCCGCAUUCACCCGCACCACGGAGGACACCCGCUGCAGGGCCGGUUGGGGAUGAUGGAUCCAGACCUUCCUCCCCCCGGUCCACCCACCAUGCGGAGCUUCAAGGAGUUCCUGCUGAACAUGGAGGACAGCGUGGACGAGACGGAGUCGGUGAAGCGCUACAACCAGUACAAGCUGGACUUCCGGCGGCAGCAGCUGCAGGACUUCUUCCUGCAGCACAAAGAGCACGAGUGGUUCCGCUCCAAGUACCACCCCGAUGACAUCACGGCCCGGGGGGCGGAGUCUCUGAGCGCCCUCAAAACACGGCUGUCCGUCUUCCUCUUCCUGCUGGACAACGGCUGGCUGGACGACGUGGCGCUGGACAUGGAGCACGCGCCCGCCAUCAUCAAGCUGCUGGACGCAGCGGUGAUAAAGAUGGAGGGUGGGACGGACUUUGACCUGCAGGUUCUGGAGGUCCCGACAGCCUCGGCGGCGUCCGGCAGCGAGGCGAGCAGCGCCGCUAAUGCUAACCCUGCAGCCGCCACCGCUGCCUCCGCCUCCUCCUCCUCCUCCUCGGGAGAGAAGAGUCUCGGGGAGGCGAGCGGAGGAAAGGCGAGCGGUCCGACGGGCUCGGAGACGGCGGGGAGUCGGACGGAGACGGCGGCCGCCAGAGAGAAGGGCGGGACUAAAGACUCGGAGAAGGACGGUGAAGAGGACGCCAAGCAGAACGGAGAGAAGGAGAAAGAAGAACAGGAAGAAGGAGAAGAAGGGGAGGAUGGCGAGGAGGAGGACGAGGAUGAAAAGAAGGAUGAAGAAGAAGAAAAAGAGAAGGCGACCAAGAAGGGCAGGAAGAGGAAACGCAGCGUGUCGGUCGACAGCGGCGAGGGCAGCGCCUCCGACUCGGACUCCUCGCACUCUGACGGAGAGAAGGAGGAAGACGAGGAGAAGGAGGAAGACGAGGAGAAGGACGAAGACGAGGAGGACGGAGAGAACAAGCGUCGUAAAGAGCGAGGGAAGGAGAGAGAGAAGGAGGCUCCAGCGAAGCCCCGCCCCCUCCACCUCACCACCUCCUUGUUCAUCCGAAGCAUCCCGCCAGAAGUUUCCAAGGAGGAGAUCACCACGUUGUGUCGCAGGUACCCGGGCUUCCUGCGGGUGGCGCUGUCGGACCCUCAGCCCGAGAGGAGGUUCUUCAGGCGGUGCUGGGUGACGUUUGACCGCAGUGUGAACAUUAAGGAGACCUGCUGGAGCCUGCAGAACAUCAGGCUCCGAGACUGUGAACUGUCUCCGGUGGUCAACAGAGAUCUGUGUCGGCGCGUUCGCACCGUUAACGGCCUGACGCAUCACAAACCGGUGGUGAGGAACGACAUCCGCCUGUCGGCCCGACUCGUCCACAGCCUGGACCAGAGGGGGGCGCUGUGGGCCGGACAGAUGGAGACCAACCCCGUCCUGAAGAACAUCACAGAUUAUCUGAUCGAGGAGGUGAGCGCUGAGGAGGAGGAGCUGAUCGGAGCCUCGGGGGGGAACAGCGACGACGCCAAAGACCCCGCCGCCUCCUCUGAGGUUACCGUGGAGACGGACGAGACACUACUGAAGGUUCUGGACAGACUGCUGCUCUACCUGCGUCUAGUUCACUCUGUGGAUUAUUAUAACUUCUGUGAGUAUCCCGCUGAGGACGAGAUGCCUCAUCGCUGCGGUCUGAUCCACGUACGAGGACCGCUGCCGGUAGCCAAGAUCACCGCCACCGAGGUGAGCGAGCAUCAGAGGAUGUGUGAGGAGCGUCUGGCUCCUCUGUUCUCUCAGUCGGAGACGCUGAGUGAAGAAGAAGCCGCCAAGCUGGGAAAGAAAGACCCAGAACAAGAGGUGGAGAAGUUCCUAGCCUCCAAUGCCCAGGAGCUCAGUAAAGAUAAGUGGCUCUGUCCUCUGAGUGGGAAGAAGUUCAAGGCUCCCGAGUUUGUGCGUAAACACAUCCUGAACAAACACGGGGACAAAGUGUCCGCCGUCAGACAGGAAGUAGUCUUCUUCAACAACUUCCUGCUGGACACCAAGAGACCCGCCCUGCCGGAGAACAAGCCCCUCCCACCCCCGCCACAAGCCACGCCCCCCGGUAUGCCAGGAUUUCCUGGUCAGUCACCGCAGCAGCAAAGCCUUCUGGGAUAUCCUCCUGGAAUCAGACCUCCCAUGCCCGGCUUCCCUGGGGGCGGACCUUCCUACCCUCCCAACCAGUUUGGGGCGGGGCGUGGUAACUAUGACAACUUCAGAGGUCAUUUAGGUGGAGGAGGAGGAGGGUUUCCCGGGAAACAACGCAACAACAACAACAGGGGUGUGCGAGGUGACCCCAGAUCGAUCAUUGAGUACAGAGACCUGGACGCUCCAGACGACCUCGACUUCUUUUAGACCCCACAAGAUGUGUUUUUCUUUUUUUUUUUUAACCAUUUUUAUUCCUACAUUUCCCAUGAUUCUUUUCAUCGUCCAACAUUGUAUUUUUUAUUUAGUUAAGUGUGUAUGUGUGU